AUGUCUGAGAUAAUUGACCUAGAGGAUAUGGACUAUGACAGCAUAUACACCCAGGAAAGUGAUCACUAUACAGGGUUGCCAACAAUGGACUCCAUGUCUGAUGGGUAAGUGGUUUUCAUGUCCGACAAACACAUUAGUCUCUUACGCAUUUCGUUUAGCUAACGUAGACUUCUUCUUAUUAAUUCCAGGAAACCAGGGCAACAGCCGCGGAUGAUAACAAUCAAGUCGUACACAGAAAUAUGUAUAGAGGCGAAGGAGUAAGUACGGAGUUGAUAUAAAGUCAAUCUCGUACCUCGAGUCUCUCGAGUCCCUUACUGCGCAUGUUGGCUUGACGAGACAACGCUCGUUUCCCGACCGCUGGUUAAGGGGAAGGAAGACGCUGUGUACGAGGGUGAUAUUUAACAAUUAUUCCUCGAGCCCGAAUGGGGUCAGCGUCAAUAGCCCAGGAGGCCAAAGGCCGAAUGGGCUAUUAACUCGGGGGCCAUGAGGGGGAGAGGAAUAAUUGUUUUAGUAAAAUCCAACUAGUUGGUCAAAAAAUAUCGAGACAAAACAACUUAAAGCAAGACUUUAAUCCUUUUUUGCCGACAAAAAGCCCACGCUUUUCGCUACUAGUGGGCUAUAACUUAUAGCCUAGUAAUCAUGACCACUAGCAUUUCCUUAAAGAAUUGAUUAAAGAUCAAAGCAUUUUCCCUUAGGUGAUCAUUUCGUUAAUUAUCAUAACCUCUUUUCUUUGUUAUGUGUCGAUACUGUUUAAAGAAAAUUGAUUUUGGUCACUUCUGGGACUUACAUUUUUAAUGCAGUCAUACCCCACACGGUAUUCAUCGUAGUUAGAGUCAUAGUUUUUAAACUGACUUGAUUUAACCAAGCUGUAGUUGGUAGGAUGUGACCUAAAAGUGUAAACUAAGAAAGUAUAUCAUCGGCUUAUCAGUACCCUUAAAACUCUCAAAUGGCCUUCAGACGGCCAAUUUUGUAGACCUCGUGCGGUCGUCCUUCUUUCCUCAGAGCUACGCGCGAUGAGCGAAAAAGUAAAAGUAGUAGGGAUUGUGGCGGAGGGAGGAAAAAGGACGCCUCUUAUUUCUUCGCCGGGCUUCUGCCCUUGCCGGCUUACGCCCCUUGCGCGUGCGCUCCAGAUCUUUUAUGACUCAAAAGAAAAAAAAGAGACUUCUCGUAGUCUACCAAUUUUACCGAUAAUUUAAAGUAUGUCUGCUCUUAAUUAUGUGACCUGAGCAACAAACGAGCGAAUUUAUACUUAUUAAUUCAUGCUCUCUUAUACACACCUUUUCAGUUCUCCACUGCCAGAAGAUUCUUCUCCUAGUGUAAAACCGAAGUUCAGGCAAGAAAAAGCAUUUAAAGAUAUAAACAUGAAUAACAAACAGUCUGAUCAAAUACCAGACACAAAGAGAAAAUUCUCAGCACCCAAGGCAAAAUUUCCCAAAAGCAAGGACAAAGUAAACGUAUGGACAAAACAAGGAAGAGUAGAGUCGAAGAAGAAAGCGGAAAGAGCACCAUGUUGGUUUGUGGUGUUUAUUUUCUGCUGCGGUGUUAGCAAAGAGAAUCCUUGGUAUAGUUUACUGGGAAAGGGUGAGUUAUUCAAUAGUCGACAUUUAACCUCCUGUCUCUUUCCACAAAUAAAUAAAUUAAUAAACAAAUAAAACAGACAGACGGACAAACAAAAUCACUGAGUACCAGUCUAUUGAAAUGAAGUGUCUUCAGUUAUUUUCAGUCAGUACCCAGUAAAACGUAAUUUUUCCUCGGCGGCAGCGCUACCUCAUAAAGAGAUAAAUAGCCAAUCUCUAGGCUCCUUACUUGUUUUAAUAGACAUUUUCUCAUUCCGCAGGUGUAUUCCUGGCGUUUUUUCUGUCCAUUGUGUACCUCGUGGUUUGCUUAGCUGUUCUUCCUUUUCUUAUCAUUGCCGCAGCAGUGGGUGCGGUGUUUUUUGGUGCUGGUAUGGUAUCUUACCUGGCAUUUUCAUCCAAGAAAAUCGGUGUUUCUUUCGACGAAGAAGGCGAUGCGUCCUGCAUAGGGGCAGUUUGGGGAUCCUGGGUUUAGUCAUUAAAAAGUUACUGGUGCUCAAACCCCGGCGGACUUUAAA